AUGGAUGUGAACUCAACCACGCACUGGCAAGAUAUACAAAUAUUGAAUCAGCUCAAGAACUGCAUCGAUCCCAACUCAGUUACUCCAGGUUCCUGCAUUUAUUCAUGGGACUUCACUCUUGAUCCAUGCGACAAUCUGUUUAAAGAGAAAUUUACUUGUGGCUUCCGGUGCGACGUUGUUGUGGAGGGCUUUUCUCGGGUCACCGAACUCGCUCUUGACUCGGCCUAUUACUCCGGCACGCUCAGUAACGUGACGUGGAAUCUCCCUUAUUUACAGAACUUGGAUGUUUCGAAUAAUUACUUUAAUGGGUCUGUUCCCGGAUCGUUUUCGCAGUUAACUAGGCUGCAGAGACUCGGGCUGUCCAGGAAUUUGCUCUCUGGAUCGGUGCCGGACUCACUAGGCACGCUUUCCAACUUGGAAGAGAUGUACUUGGAUAACAACAAGCUUGAGGGGACAAUUCCGUUGAGCCUCAACGGUCUGAAGAAUUUAAAAAGGCUCGAACUUCAAGGAAACAGACUCAGUGGAGAGUUUCCUCAACUGAUUCAACUCAGUAACUUGAAUUUUCUUGACGCCAGUGACAAUGCCAUCUCCGGCAACAUUCCAGCGAAUUUCCCGGAAGCCCUCAUUGAAAUUUCAAUGAGGAACAAUCAAAUUGAAGGCAACAUUCCAUCGAACGUGAUCAACUGUGCAUAUCUGCAAGUCUUAGACCUGAGUCACAACAAACUCAGUGGGUCAGUUCCUCCGAGUCUAUUCACUCACCCCUCUUUACAGCAGUUAACUCUCUCAUACAACCAAUACGACUCAGUGCCAGUACCCGGUAAUUCAGGUCUGACCAGUGAACUCAUUUCAGUGGAUUUGAGCAACAAUAAUAUCCACGGGUUUUUACCCGGGUUCAUGGGUUUAAUGCCAAAAUUAUCAGCUCUGUCACUGGAAAACAACAAGUUAACGGGUAUGUUACCCACCCAGUAUACAUUAAAAGUGUUGGCAGCGGGUUCGGGUUCAGAGUUAGCCCAGUUUGAGAGGUUAUUACUUGGAGGAAAUUAUCUCUUUGGUCCCAUUCCGGGUCCAUUACUGGAGCUUGAACCGGAUUCUGUCACAAUCCGAUUGGGAAAUAACUGCUUUUUGCGGUGCCCAGUCAGAUGGUUCUUUUGUGAAGGUGGGGCCCAAAAGUCCUUAAUGGAAUGCAGAGCGUUUGGUCCCAUCAUUCCUUGA